AUGGACCAAGCCGAGAUCCCCUCGCUUCUCAGGAGCUUGUCGAGCGAAGAGGAUGCCCUUCGAAAGAUGGCAGUCUUCAAGCUGCAGUCCUCAAUUAACGAUCCUUCUUUCGCCGACGUCUUCAUCUCCACUGGUGGACUCAGCAUCCUGCGCCGUCUUAUCAUGUCAACUGGCGGCAACACCCUCGCAUACUCGCUCCAGUCGCUGAGCCGCCUUCUCGAGGUCGACAUGGGCUGGGAAAUCUUUGAAAGCGCAGGAGCUGGAGAAUUGGUUGAGCGCGUAGUGGAGCUGAUUGUCACACAUCCCCUCGUCAACAUCCUCCGAGGCGCCAUGUCGAUACUGGUUGCGAUUGUGAGCCACCCACAAACCACACGCGGCUCGAUACGAACCCCAGGCGCGUUCGGUUUCCGCACGCUCAAGCCAGCAGUAGCCGUCUACCCGCAAUUCUUUGAGAUGGUGGUGUCUCAGCUCAACUCUGCGGACCACGCGCUCUGCGCCAACGCGCUUAUGCUGCUUAAUGCACUUAUGAGGGAUGCCAUAACGAAUGACGGUGGAAAGGAUGGGACAAGCAAGAGCAGCGGGACAGGAGAGGAGUGGCCGAAGUUUAUCAAGAGGCUGCAGGACCUUGGUGUCGUAAAGGGAGCAUAUCGUCUGAUGCAGAGCUCAGCAUUGCAGGAUUUAGCACAUCCGUUACUGGAGUUCCAGGCCCUAACGAAGCUCUUGUUGAGGAAAUGGAGGGAUAUGAGGGUUGAUUUGGAACGGCCGGACCAUAGGAGGGCGCUGAAGGGAAUACACCUUGCAAGUGCACCUGAGAAACGAGAGCAUGUGACACAAAUGGGCCGAGUGGAAGAAGUGAGCGACGCGGCGAAGAAGGGAAGCCGCAAACACAACCCGGAGAAGUGGCGAAGACUUGGCUUUGUUACUGAGAGUCCGGCCUGGGAGUUUGAUCCAAUGGGCUACCUCGGCAUGAUGGAUCUGACAGACUACGUACGGAAACAAGAAGACAACUUCCAGAAGAUCUUGCUUGAACAAUCCUCCAAACCUCUUCACACUCGCUGCCCGAUCGCCCGUUGCAGUCUAGCAGUUACAGCUAUCCUCUACGACCAUUUCGGUGCCGACAAAUCGGAAACCGAAGACGCAAAAUACUACCAAAUGCUGGAAAGCCCACAAAACUAUGACAUGAUCUUCCGACCCCUGGUCUUGCAAUGGUCGCGACUCCACACUGCCGGACUUCUCGCCUUCUUCCGCCUAUGGAAAGCUACAGGCGCAGUUCAAGACGAUUUUGACAAAGUCGCCGAGCUCAUCCGCAUCCUGAUCGACAAAGUCGUCGGCUCAGCACCACGCACCAAAGACAUCACAGAAGCCGAGGAAGAGAUUGCGGAAUUUGAGUACCAGCGCCUACGCGAAGUGCAGAUGGAAGUCCUAAAGUUCUCAUUCGAGGACCAAUGGGGCCAUCACCUACAGCAAGUGCGCGAGGAACUCCACAACGAGUCCCUUCAGUUCGUCAAAGAACAGCGCAUCCGCUGCCUCCUCCAAGGUUCGUGGUUUCCUCGCAGCGCCACCCGCGGCGAUUCCAACUCCGUCGCCUCGGUGCGCAGCAGGCCGUGGCGCUUCGCGCGGCUUAGCCACAACCGCCGCUUCUUGCACUAUGCGGAUUUUGAGGCGCAGGCGAGCUACGCGCCGCCACUAACGGAGCUUGGGGAGAAGCUGGAUGUGGGGACUAUAUCGAGCGUGGUGUCGAAUGUGACGGCUGGUGGAGAGGAUGAUACUUCGUCGAUAUCGUCGAACACGAGCACGCUCAAGAAGGAGGAUCUGAGCGCGCCGCCGAAGCGGAAUACGAGGAAUAAGAUCACGAUUAACUCCUAUCUUCCUACGGAGUCCGCAGAUGAGGAACAGGUCGAGAGGGUAUUGCUGACGCUGGACCCGCAGACUCAUAGUCUGGCGAGCGAGUGGCUGGAUGGGCUUUUGAUGUUGUUGAAUCAAGCGCCGAUUACGGCGGAGACGAACAAGCUUGUGGGACUGGUUGUGGACUACGGGCUGAAGAUUCGGCUGCUGAAUGUUAGGCUUGAGGAUGGGAUGGAGGCUGGCGAGGGCAAGGGGUUGAUUCCUAGCAGGGAAGGGCUGGAUGAGGAUUACUACUAUGAGGUCUGAGUUUGUGCAGGUGACGUUCUGAUUUUCGAACAUGCGGCGAUGUGGAGGGGUUGUACUUGGAAUUUUGGCUUGAUACCCGGAUUGAAGGAGCGGAAAAAUGUAUUGAAUGAAUACUACUACCAUUAACUACUCAACAGAGAUAGUUGCACCAG